AUGCCUCUCUGCAUCAUGUGGAAUACUGCCAUGCUCUUAUCAAUCAUCCUUCCAGUUCUGGGACGUAAGCCAGUACAGUUUCCUUCUUUUGUGCAAGUUCAUCUUGGCCAGUCUGUCAUCAUAACUUGCAGUAUUCCUGGAUUUUCCUCAUACUGUCCUGACAUGCUAUGGUAUGUCCAGCAUUUGGCUGGAGAUAUUCAGUUAUUGGUGGUAAAUGAAAGGUUUUCUUCUGUACAAGAUUCUGCAUCAAGAAACUGCACUUUGACAAUCAAAAAUAUAACAAGAAAUGAUGCUGGGAUGUAUUGGUGUUUUGGCUGUAGUACUGUUCUUCGACAUUUUGGAAAUGGUACAAAACUCAUAAUUGCUGAUGACACAGCAUACACGCCACAAGUAUUCGUUGUUCCCCCAGCUGCUGAGGAGAUGAAGAACAGGAAUAAAACAACUCUCAUUUGCUUGGUAUUUAAUAUACCUUUAGAACAAAUCAUGAUAUACUGGAAUAUUUCUGGAAAUAUAACUAAUGGUAUGACUGACAAAAAAUUGAUCACAUCAGAUGAAGGAUAUUAUGUUACAAAUAUUUUAAUGAUUAAAAGUGAUAUGUGGAGCAAGUGGGCUACCUAUUCUUGUGUGGUGAAAGUUGGAAAUGAAACAUUUACAAGUAACAGUAUACAGAGAGAUGCACUGAUUCCUUAUAGGUCCUCAGGAUUAUUUGCAGAAGCAUCUGUGUCUUCCUGUUUAGGAGUUUCUGUCUUUCUUGUUGUGGCACUGGUUAUCAUUCUAAUAUAUUACCGCAAACGGCUUUCUGAAGAAAGGAUGUAUAGACGGAGACACCCACUAUUUUUAGCCGUGGAAAAUUAUGUGAUCCUGGAUGGCCUUAGACUGCAGCACAAUGCACUGCUGUCCAGAAGUCAGCAGAAUCAUGAGCAAUCUGCUGCUCUGUGGACUGACCUAGUCUCAGCAGUAAACCAACCAGGGCUACAGGAAAGAAGCUAUGAGCAGGUCCGACACUGGUCAACAAAUAUGAUAAAUGCUGUAUAG